UAUCAUAGGUAUGUUUUGGCAUUAAGUGGUAUAAGGAAUUGUUUGUAGGCCAAAAAUAAGUUGAAUUUCUUUUGAGAGAGCUUUUUACAAAAGAAAGAGCAUUGUUUCAAUAGGCUUUCACAAUUGGUCGAUAUUUUGAUCAACAUAUCAUAGGCAUAUCUCAAUUAAUAAACCGAAAUGUUAAUAUGUUUUUGCAAGAUCCUUAUUAGAAUCAAACCCUGAAGACCCGACCCGGUUGCGCAAAAUCCACUUUCCUACUUGGUUAAAUGGUCAAGCCCAUUAUGAACCGAUGCAUAUCCGUGAAGACCGGACCCGAGUUACGUAAGAUCCAUGCUUUAACAGUCGGGUAGGUAUAAAUAUUUCGUACGGAUCUGCUCCUUUAUAAACAUUGUCUCCAUUUUUAUUACUCAGCUGGGGUAGAGAGAUAAAUCUAGGGUUUCGAAACAAGAGCGAUCGAUCAUGAGAAGACGGCCGAGCAAAAAGAGCAAAACCGAGAACAACAAGGAUCUACACACGUCAGAAGAGAGAAUCAAGUUUGAUGAAAUCCCUCAUGACCUAGUGAUCGAGAUUCUUCGGAGAUUGCCUGCGAAAUCUGUAGCUAGGUUUCUCACUGUAUCCAAGUUGUGGGCCACAACUAUCCGCAGUCCAGAUUUCAUCAAAUCUUACCCGUUUGGAUCUUCGUCGAAGCCUCGUACCCUAAUCGUUUGCGACUUAAAUUAUAAGGAACCAAACCCAAAUGUGCAUUUCUUCAGGCCGUCUUCUUCAUCAUCAACAUCAACGUCUCUUCUAUCACGUGUGACAUGUCCGUUCACAUAUCCUCGUCACAUGGAGUACUAUUAUCAUCAUGUUAAUGGAUUGAUAAGCGUUGGAUAUGGUACAGAGCAAAUCGUAACCAACCCCAUCACUGGUAAGUUCAUAACUUUACCAAAACCUAGAACAAGGAGAAAGCUCGUAAGAAGUCUUUUCGGGUAUGAUUCAGUUAGUGAUCAAUACAAAGUGUUGUGCAUGACGGAAAGACUGCGUGGCCAUCCGGAAGAAGCAUCAUCUCAACAUCAAGUGUACACAUUGGGAGCUAAAAAGAAAUCAUGGAAAAUGAUCAAUUGUAGCAUCCCUCACCGUCCUUGGUCGUGGAACGGUGUAUGCAUAAAUGGUGUUGUGUAUUACAUUGCUAAAACGGGGGCGGGAAUGUUGCAGCUGAGCUUAAUGAGAUUUGAUUUGAAGUCUGACGAUCUGGAUCUUUUUACUAGUUUACCUGAAGAGAUUGAAACAAGUCUAUAUGAUUGCCUUUUGAUAAACUACGAGGGGAAAGUAGCCAUACCCACUCGCCCUACAGAUAAUACAUGUGAUGUGUGGGUUAUGAAUCAAGAAGGUGGAAAACUUGAAUGGUUGAAGAAAAUAAGUUUCAGUACUAAACCUUGGAAGGGUUCAUGUUAUCUAGUCGUCACAGGCACUACUCCUACGGGUGAGUUUAUUUUGGCACCAACGCACUAUUAUGAUUCGUUUUAUGUCUUCCAUUGCAAUCCCGACUUGAAUUGUUUUAGAAAGAUUACGAUUCAAGCACCCGGAGUCCCGAAGUAUAAUUAUCAUCAGAAACUUGCAUUUGUUUUUUCGGAUUACGUAGAGAGUGUUAGGUUGUUAUAGGAGAAGACAUUUUCAUGGUUUUGA